AAGUCCCUUUCGCGAUGAAAUCGACUGCCCCAGUCUGGACUCCCAGGCUGAUUGCACAGGCAGAUCACGCGCCCCAACUCGCUAGCAACAUGGGUGGGGCGUCAACCGCAUCAUUCUUUCCUAGUGACACAUCAGAGACGGGAGCGAAGAGCCAACUAGCGCAAUGUCCAAUAGGCAUUCAAAACGACCUCAUCCAAGUGACACGCUACGGCUGUAGUUUCUUCGUGCGUCGAUCACAGGCCAUGGUCGAUCCAGAUAUUCAAAACAUAGAUGUUCAUAAAAUAGCCCAGCUUGAUGCGGGUGAGUCGAUUGCGCAGUCAAUCAUUUGUGAAUCAUGGGAUCAAACAUUCAUUAGAUUUUCAAGUCUAACAAGCGCCGCAUCUCCACGAUGGGGCGGAUUCCGUGCAACAUCCCUCGGAGUCCCCGAAAAUCUACGUCACCACGUUGAAUCGCAAUCACAUGACAUGCUGAGGCAACUGGAACCAGAUGAUGAGCGAUACCUGGAGAUCCCACCUGAAUAUGGGGCAGCUUGGCCUCUUGACUUUGAUGAACGUACAACGCGAAACAUUGCAGGAUCAUUUGGGUACCCAAGCGUAAUGUACAAGGUGAUUGAUCGCAGAUCUGGCGCACCAUAUGCAUUGCGUCGCGUUGAUGGAGCUCGGGCUUCACCAAAGGCUGCAUCUGCCACACAAACGCGUUGGCGUUCCGUGCGACACGCAAAUCUCAUUCCUCUCAAGCGUGCAUUUGUGCACUCUGGAGCCACGUAUUUCCUGCACGAAUACUGCCCUUGUGCAAGGUCGUUGCUAGAGAUCUACUUCCCACCAUGUUCAGACUCGACAGGCAUGCCGUCGGUUCCUGAAUCGACACUAUGGAGCUAUCUGUUGCAGCUGUUGGCUGCUUUGCGUGUAAUACAUGCAACGACGGGAAACGAUACCAUUGGGAGCCAGGCAUGUCGCACGCUUGGGCUCUCCCGGAUACUUGUUACCGGCAACACACGAAUAAGACUUGGUAACGUUGGCGUUGUCGAUGUCCUCGAAGCGGAUAUGCGCAAUAACCCGUGCGCGGGCAAAAGUAAGACAGCCGCAGAGAUCGACGACGUGAUCGCUUUGGGGCAUGUCAUGUUAGCGCUCGCUACAAGAGCACUGUCUGACGGCUCGUGCACGCCCCAAAAUGAAUUGGCGCGUUACCAAUAUGCAUACUACAAGGGGACGCGUGUGUACUCGCGAGAAAUAUAUGCGUUGAUUUCCGAACUACUAACGAAACCACCAACUGUGUUCGCACUUUGUGACAUGCUUUCUGGUCGUGCAUUUGACGAACUCGAUGCUACUUACCAGUGCGUUGACUGCUACGAGGGUUUAGCCUCCGCAGAAGUUGGUGCUGGUCGCUUGCUCAGAGUCAUGCUCCACGUUAGCUCAGCACUGUAUGGUUCAGAGAAACAAGCUGGCUCGGUAUGGUCCGAAUCGGGUGAAAGGUAUUUGCUUUUGCUCUUCAUGGAUUAUGUAUUCCAUCAAGUCGAUGGCUCCGGACUGUCCAUUCUCAACUAUGGCCAUGUCAUCGCAUCUCUCGUGAAACUUGAUGCCUCCGAUCCAGAGAAAAUCUUACUAGUCUCGCGAGACGGUCGCACGAUUCUUGCAAGCUCUUAUCUUGAAGUUCGCCAGGCUUUGAGUCAGGUAUAUGCAUCUCUUUAUCAUGUUCACAGUGUUCCCAAUGAAGAAGAUAUAUCUCGUACUCGAGUACGAGCUGUCGGCUGUCGCUGACAUCUCCCUCUAUUAUUGUGCACCUGGAGCGCACCCAGGAAAAUCCUCCCCUAUCCAGCCGGCCCUAUUCUUUUCCUGGGGAAAACUUGACGUUUCAAGGAAGCGAUAUUUGCACAAGCUAGUAGAGCUUUCGCAACGCCGGGCUUCGCUCCAAAAGAAACUCAAGUGCGAACACCAAUCGGUCGAGGCGUUAAAUCAAAUUGAGCAGCAAGUACAUGCACGUGGGUGGCUUACGGCGACGGGAAGACAAGCUACGAUCGCCGCCACUUCACCACGAAGACUACCACCGAUACGGAAAAUAGCAAAACAACGGAAUUCUUCUGGAGAAAAGAAUCAUUAUUGUAAGUCAAAAGGAUACGGCAUAGGAGUCAGCGGUGAGACACGAAUUUCAGAUCUAAAUAACGAUAAGAACGUGUGCCAGAAACGGACAGGUUCCAAGCAGUGCACACAAGAAGAGAUUGAUAGAAGCAAUAGAAACAAAAACCGCAAAGAAAAAAAAAGAAAACAGCGCUCCCGCCAAGAAUUCAACUAA